AUGGAUAUUGUUGCAUGCUACUAUUUGCUAGCUCUUCUUCCACUUGUGUACAUCAUUCGAUUAUUCAGAGCUACUUUUGGCUCGCCCAACCAUGAUCUGCGGCUCCCCCCGGGCCCAUGGAAGCUCCCCAUCGUCGGAAGCCUCCACCACCUUCUGGGUGCCCUCCCACACCGUGCCUUACAAGACCUCUCUCGACGCCAUGGGCCUCUUAUGCUCCUCAAGUUCGGUGAGGUUCCAGUGAUCAUCGCCUCCACCGCCGAAGCCGCCAAAGAGAUCAUGAAGACGCACGACCACAUCUUCUGCACAAGGCCACUGAGCUCAUCUGCCAAGGUCCUCCUCGGGCGUGGCCAGGGGAUCGCGCUUGCGCCGUACGGUGACCACUGGCGGCAGCUCCGCAAGAUUUGCACCCUUGAGCUGUUGAACGCCAAGCGCAUAACCUCAUUCCGUCCCAUCCGAGAAGAGGAGGUGAUCCGGUUCAUCCGGUCCGUCUCAUCCGCGUCAGAGUCGGGUCCGCUUGUGAAUCUGAGCAGGAUGAUCUCCAUGUACGUGACUGACACAACGGUGCACUGCAUCAUGGGAGGACGGUUCAAGGAGAACGAGACCUUACUCGGUUAUGUCCGUGGGGCGGUGCAGGCUGUUGGUGGCUUCACCUUACCUGACUUGUUCCCCUCGUCAAGGCUAGUACGCGUUAUGAGCAGCACACUGCAUAGGGCAGAGGUCUUUCGGGACUCCUUGUUAGGGUUCAUGGAAGGAGUCAUAGGCGAUCAUCCCCAUAAGAGAUCGUCAGAGGAAGUACAGCAGGAAGACCUGGUCAAUGUUCUCUUGAGGGUCCAACGAGAAGGCAACCUUCAGUUCCCCCUCACAAUGGACAACAUCAAAGCUGUGAUUUUCGUAAGAAAAAGAACACAGGAUCUUUUUGCAGGGGGAAGCGAGGCACCAGCAACAACGCUACAGUGGGCAAUGGCAGAGUUGAUGCGAAACCCUAGCGUGAUGUCUAGGGCACAAGAUGAGGUAAGGAGAGCCUUCAUGGGCCAAAUGAAGGUGGCCGAGGAGGGUCUAGAUGACCUCAGCUACUUGCGUUGUAUCAUCAAGGAGACCUUGCGAUUGCACAUUCCUGGGCCAUUCCUACUACCAAGGGAGUGCCAAGAACAGUGUAAUAUACUCGGCUAUGACGUGCCCAAAGGCACUACUGUUAUCGUGAAUGCUUGGGCUAUCUCAAGGGAUCCGGAAUACUGGGACGAACCGGAGUCAUUCCUACCCGAUAGAUUUCUGGGUAGUGCCAAAGAUUUCAGAGGAAAUAACUUUGAGAUCAUACCGUUUGGUGCCGGGAGGCGUAUGUGCCCAGGGAUGCAAUUUGGGAUCGCGAAUAUUGAGCUCGCUCUCGCAAGUCUUCUGUUCUAUUUUGACUGGGCUCUCCCAGAUGGUAUUCUUCCUAGUAAUCUUGACAUGACAGAAGGCUUUGGAAUCACCGCUAGUAAGAAGAUGGAUUUGUUGUUGCGUGCAACUGUCCACGUUCCGCUACCCUGA